ACGCGUACUCUUGAGCUUGAAGAAAUCGAUUUCUACUAUAAAAGCUGAAGUUCCACAAGUUCUAGGUAUAGUUAAGCGUUUGCUUUCAGCUUCGAAGGAUAGUUAAGCUUGAUUACCUCAAAAUGGCUCGCAUGUUCAUCGUGUUUGCUUCCUUGCUAGCUGCCGUUAGCGCCCAACAUGGAUACGGAUAUGCCUCAUCGCAUCAGACCAUUCAGCAUCAUGUUCCAUCGUAUCAACACAUUGCUCCAGUUCACCACGUGGCCGCUGUACAUGCUGCUCCGAUCCAUCACGCUAUCGUGAAGGAAGUUGAGCACCACGCCCCUGCCGCCUAUGAAUUCUCGUACUCGGUUCACGAUGGACACACCGGAGACAUCAAGAGCCAGCACGAAACCCGCAAGGGAGAUGUCGUCCACGGACAGUACAGCCUGUUGGAUGCUGAUGGUCAUCACCGUAUUGUUGAUUAUACUGCCGAUCAUCACAACGGAUUCAACGCUGUCGUCCGCCGGGAACCAACCCAUGUCAAGGUCGCUCAGCCAGUGCACAAAAUUGCCAUCGCCCCGGUAGCUCAUGUUGCCCACGUGGCGCCAGUGGCUCAUGUGGCCGCUCCUCUAGCUUACCAGAGUCAUGGACAUCAUGCCAUCAGCCAUGUUAGCCAUCAUUACUAGGCCGGGUGGGAUUGUAUUACGACUGUAAGAAUAAUGGUAAUUGUACAAAAGCUGCUGUAUAUAAGCAAAAUAAAAAUAUCAACUUAAAA